AUGAGUGCUAUAGCGCAGCAGGAAUCUCAUGUUAAGGAGAGUUUAUUUCAUUUUAUUACUAAAAACUUUCCUACCGCGGAUUUAAACGUAAUCGACGACAUCGUCCUCUCCUACGUGAUUUCAAUUUUAGAGGAGGCUUCACAGGACCCUUGUUUUGAUGUAGAAGGCUUUAUAGAAAUGAUGGCGGCUUACAUACCAGAGUUUGCCCGUAUAGAUGCUGGUCAGGUAUGCUCAUGGGUCUUGGAAUUGGAAGCAGAAUUGUCACGCAGGGAGGAAUCAGAUUCUAUCUCCAAUAAUGAUGACUCUGCCAGCAGUGAUAAGAUCAGCUUAACUCUGCAGAGCCUCAGCGAGAUGUUGCCUUCUGUUCCUGCUAAGAACAAUCGAUCCCAUUCUAACUCUGAGAGCUCUGAGAAUGCUGACAGCGGUCGUCGUGCUGUCUUGGAAAGUGAUGAGCAUGCUGCCCAGUGUCGCGCUCUUCAUGAAAUGUUUCCAAACACCUGCGCUAUGGAGGUAAGGUUAAUCUCGUAGUACCAUCAUCAUAAUUAUACUCUAUUAUGUGCUAUAAGCAACCAUGCAGGCUUAGUGCGAAUUUGUUGGUGUUAUUAUUUACUGCAGAUACAGCAGGGACCAAUGGCUUAUCGGAGGGGUUCAAGAUAAUAGAUUUUUAGGAACCCCAGUUGAUUAAUCUCCAUCACCACAACGCCAUCGAACUCCUUGAUAAGAAUAAAGCACUGCGUAUCUAUCGGCGGUGGUGAUGUUGAGCGGGCAGCGGCUACUUUACUCGUGCGUAGGGAACAGGGACAGUCGCUGGCGCCCGCACUGCUCGCCGCUAGACCUGGAGCCAGGUGCGACGAGUCAGAGCUCAAAUCACGCAUCAUCGCGCGUUAUUCUUACGUGGACAAGAACUCUGAUACCAAGGAGCACAAACCACUGGCACCCAAAAUCGAGCCAAAGAAACUAGUACGAUACCGGGAUAAUAAAAUCGUAUCUUUGAAGGGGGAAAGGUACACUGAGGUGCCAAAAUCCGGUAUCGACGAGGAACAUUUGAAGAAACCCAAAAAACAGCAUUGCCCUUAACCAUUAAAAUCACAUCAGUACGGUUUAAAAGCGGCCCUUCGCGCCGCAUUAGCCCCUAAUCCCGCACGCCCGUUAGAUAACUCAGAGCGCGAUAAAUUAUACAUUGAUCGCGAAAACUCUCAUUGUGAUCGCGCGGAGUGCAACUGCGAUCGCGCGGACUGCAACUGUGAUCGCGCGAACUGCAACUGUAUAUUCCGCGAUUGCAAAGAGAUUUUUUCGAGCGUGCCUUAUCGCGCUUCCCUUAAAUGUGUAAAUGUGAAUUCUCUUAAUAUUAAGCUUAGUGUAGUAACAAUUUUCGUCGUUUUUACGUGUAUUUCGACGCGCGUAAUCAGUUGUACUAGUCAUAUUUUAUUGAAUCUCAUUGAUAUUUGCACAAUUUUGACUGAUUUA